AUGGCAGAUGCAGCUCCCAAAACCCAAAUCAAAUCACCCUCUGAUCAUGAAAAUCCAAGUAAGUUUUUUCUGUACAAGGCUGCCCUUGUUACAGUUUUCCUAGUCUUGGUCCCACUUUUCCCCUCUUUGGCUCCUGAUUUCUUCAACCAAACCUUGCACGCGAGAAGCUGGGAGCUUCUGCAGCUCAUUUUUGUGGGCAUAGCCGUUUCUUAUGGGCUGUUUAGCAAGAAAAAUGAUGAGCCACACAAAGAUUAUAAGAUCGAUAAUGCGCAGUCGUAUGUGUCGAAGCUGCUGCAGGUUUCGUCUGUUUUUGAUGAUGAAUCCGAAAACCACACCGUGAUUGAGGAGAGCAAGUUUCAAGCUUUGAAUUCUCAGUAUUAUAGGGGCGAGCCGCCGUUAGUUGUGGUGGCUAAGGAAAACUCCGCCGUUGACAAGGAAAACGGCGUCGUCUCUCAGAUCAGCCAGAAGCCUCUCCUUUUGCCUGUCAGGAGCCUCAAGCAACGCGUUCCUAGCCCUAAUUCGAGAAAAUCCAGAAUUGGGGAUUUUGGAAGAUUGAAUGUUGACAAGGUGGCGGCCGAGAAGGAGGAGGCGGCGGAGGAGAAGGUCGUGCUCCGAUCGCCUAUUCCGUGGCGAUCGAGGUCGGGGAGGAUGGAGAUAAAAGAGACCGGCGAUGAACUAGCUUCGCCUUCAACGGAGGAGCAAGAAUUGAAUAGGAGCGAGUCUCGAUCAUUUAGGUCAUUCAGGGCUACUAACCCUAAUGCGUCAUCGCCAAAAAAAUUAUCUUACGAAUCUCAAUCCAAGAGUGGUGAGGAUGUGGUGAGGAAGAAGAGCUUCGCCCCACCACCGCCGGCUCCUCCGCCGCCGCCUUCACCUCCAUUCCUCAGGAAAUCGGUGCUGAUGAAGUCGAAUUCUAGCAUCCCUGUAGGCUCGACCAAGAAGGAGUUGGCGCGGAGCGCGAGGAGCGUGCCUAGUGAAGAAGCCCAAGUGGAUGAGCUCAUGAGGCUUGGAGCUGAUUCGGUCAAAUCUGUUCGAUCAUUUAAGCUGAAUGAAUUUGUUGAGAAACCAUCAAUGGAUUAUGAGAUAAAAUAUCCUGAUAAAAGGAAGCAGAAGAAGGAGGAAGUGGUGAUGGAAACUAGAGACGAGGAAGAGGAAGAGGAAGAGAGCGAUGGUGAUGAUCAGUUUGAUGAACAUAACUUUGCAGGAAGCUCAUCAAGCAACGUGGAAGCUCCGGCUGAUGAUAAUGGGCGCGACGUCGACAAGAAAGCCGACGAAUUCAUAGCCAAAUUCCGGGAGCAGAUACGGCUGCAGCGGAUCGAAUCCAUCAGAAAAUCCACCGCGCAGCGUGCUGGAAAAAAUUCCAGGUGA